AUGGUCUCUUUGGAGCACAGGAUGAGGCCAGUGUGGUGGGGCAAAAGGAGAGAGGACACUGGCAGUGUGCUGUGUCGAUCCUGUGCUGGAGAGGCUUCACUCUGGCCUGACCCAGUAGUAGCCUGUAGCGGAGGCAGGAAUACAGUCCUGUGUGGGACCAGUGUCCACCCCCGCAGGUUUCCAGGAGGCAGCAGCCAGUCCUGGCCGACCGAAGGCCGCUGCAGCACCCCAGCACCUGUGACUCCCACAGAGCUUGCUUCUCACUGCAUCCCCUGUUCGUGUCCUCUCUGCUCUCCACGGCAUCAGUCCUGGUCUGUUGGUUCCUGUCUGGUCCCCACCACCCCACACAGAGCCCAGUCAGGCUCCGGGCCAGGCUUGUACAUCCUGCCCACCACCGUGGGCUUCGUUCACCACGACUGCACCAGGGUGACCGGUCCUGCCUACUCGCUCGCUCGGAAGCCCAGUGAAGCCCCUCCUCAGGACACCAGCCCGGGGCCCAUCUACUUCCUGGACCCAAAGGUCACCCGCUUCGGCCGCAGCUGCACCCCUGCCUACUCCAUGCAGGGCCGGGGCAAGUCUCGGGGUAUGGAGGUGACGCCAGGCCCUGGGGCCUACAGCCCGGAAAAGGUGCCCCCUGUGCGCCAGCGGAACCCCCCAGCGUUCACCCUUGGCUUGCGCCUGUACCCAAAGCCCCCCGACUCCUCGGCCCCGGCCCCCAAUGCCUACACCAUGCCGCCACUCUGGGGCUCACAGAUCUUGGUCAAACCCAGGAGCCCCAGCUACACAGUGGUGGGCCGCACGCCCCCUGCCCGCCUCCCACAGGACCCCGCCAAGUUCCCAGGCCCCGGCCAGUAUGACAGCCCGGACCCCAACGCCUACCGCCAGCGCCGGCCAGCCUUCACCAUGCUGGGCCGGCCCCGUGCCCCACAGCCCCUGGAGGAGACGCCUGGGCCUGGCAGCCACAGCCCCGAGCAGGUCACCGUGAACAGAGCCCGGGCCCCGGCGUACAGCAUGGGUAUCCGCCACUCGAAGCGGGCGGCCAGGUUGGCCCUGGACACCGCACCCUGACCACCCAGGCCUCCAUGGUUAGAAGGGUGCGGCGGGGGGCUCAGGGCAGCCACAGGGCACAUGGUACACUCCCACAGGGCACAGGCACCCUCCCGCUCUGUCUGAGGUCUCUCUAGGUGCCUGGCCCUCCGUCCCCAGGGCCACGCCCCAAGGCCCUGUGUAGUGCCCCAGUUUCUCCUCUCCCGGUCACACCAGGCCAGAGCAGGCAGGCAGUGUCCCUUUUCCUGGCCAGAGGUGGAGCUUCCUGUGUCCUGGAACUUGGUGUCCAGCCCCACCCGGGCCUGGUUCCCGAAAAGCUCCAGUUUCUACCAAGCUUGGGUUCAUCCCUGCUUCUCGAGAAGCAGGGCCCAUGGAGGUCCCUGCCCACCCCAUCCACCCCCUAGAGUUGCUGCCAAUAAAUCUCUCAAGGCCAACAGCUGUCAACAGCCCUCAUGAUGGCUCCUUUAAUGUGUCUAUUCCUGCCCUAGAAAGGAGACCUGGAUUCUGACCUCCAAGGCCAACUCGAGACUCUCUAGUCCUCCACUGGCCUGGAAGGGAGCAGAUGAGGGACCCAGCAUGGGGGAGGCCAGAGUGGAGCCAAGGUUUUGAAUGAGGAGAGUCAGAUGGGGUUUCUGGAAGAUAAAACUUUGCACUUGGGCUUUGAAGGAUGCAUAGGAGUUUGAUGCAUUGUAACACCCUCCAGAUGCCUAUGACUACCCAGAUAUUGAUGAAUGUCACCUAGGUUUUAUAGCAACGUGGGAGGCAAGUGAUAGUCUCCAGAGGGAACAAGGCUUUGGAGAUGCUGAGGCCUGUCCACUCCCACAGUUGUCAGUCUGAUGCUGGAUUUGAACCCUGGUCACUAGGGACAGAGAUAUGGAUGGUGCCAGGUGACCAAGUCCUUUAGGUCAGGGAGCCAGGCCAGUUCCUCCCCAAGGGACCUCACCACCCCUGUGCCCCAGACACCCUCCACACACUGCCCACCCCUGCGCAGGGCCCGGGUGUGGGCUCCAGCUGGGGCCUCCACAGGGGGCACUGCUUCUCCCACGACCACUGCCGCCCCUUCUGCGGGAGCGCCCCUCCCCCUGGGCGCGGUGACCUCAUUUCUCUGAUUUACGGAUCGCUCCUCGGUGGCCACGCCUCGCCCUCCCCACCUGCCUGCCAGAGCCCUUGCUUUGUCUCUCUGCAGCGGCCCGGGGCGGGGUGGGGGUGGGGAGUCUGGUUCUGGGGUGUCCGGACACCUCGGUCCUCGGUACAGAAGGACCCAACCUUUAGGUCUGCAAGGGGCAUGCUGGUCUCCGGUCUCCGACCCCUCCAGGCCCAGCACUGCCCGCGCUGCCUCCUGGGACCCCCGUCGCCUGCCCAGGCCUCUGUUUCUCCGCUGGGAGAGAAAUCAGGGUGUGAUCCGGAGCAGCGUGGCGGGCUGGGGCUGCCCCUGGGCGUGGGGUUGUCAUCUCUGGCCCUGAUCGCGCCCCUCCUCUCCCCAGCCUCAGUUUCCCCAUCUGUCCAAGUUCAUUCUUAAGUCUCCCCUAGGAAAUUGGGGCGCAGCGGGGCAGCCGCCGCAAGGAUCUUGGAGCUGAAACAUCGCUCCGCCCCAAGCCCCCCCAAGCGCCAGGUCGCGAAGGGCCGGGGUCCCAGGGGCGCAGCCCCCCGCG